AUCACUGGAAAGGAGCAGAUGAAGAUUACGCCGGGCACAAACAUCGUACGCCGCUUCUUCCUCCACAUCUUCUUGUUCAUUCGUGAGAACACACGGACAAAGAUUGCGAGUCUAGACGUUCCUAUGGACAAGGUCAUUGAGGUGGGCUUUGUGAAAAAUAUUUAAAGCUUGUGGCCAAUCCACAGCGAAGUACCUACCGCGCGCAAAAAGCAUACCUUCGCAAAGAUGCACAUGAAGUUCUCGAAUGACGAGCCAGCAAACGCCUCAGACCUGAUUGUAGCAUGGGAAGGCACGAAGAUGAUCAUUGUGGUAUCGGGGAAAUAGUGUCAUUUGCAAACCCACAAAAUCAUGACAGACAUCAGGGUGAUGGUGGAACAGAGUCGUUUCCACAACCAAGACAUCCCUACCUAUCUCCACCCCAGAGAACGUGCAUAUUCUUCGAUGCACUCCAUGAAUACGAGUGGGAGGAUGGCACCGAAUCCUGUCUCUUUUCGUUUAGCUCAUUAGGCGAUGCUCCUCGAAAUCUGAUUCGCACUCUUGCCGUUAAUGUCUCUCAACCAGACGCCCUACAGGCAUGGCUCGACAACGACAGUGCUUCUCAAAUCACGCAUCUCUUCAUCCACUGCCCAGCAAUCGACGACGCACCGACACGUCACGUCUGGUACAGACUGCUUGACAGACUGGGCCGAGAAGCACUUCACCUUCAGGAUCUGCAAGCUUACUGGGACUGGGAGUAUGUAUCGACAGAACUAACUCUGGACGGCAUGAACGAGAACUUGCCAUUCGUUCGGGGUCCUGGAGCAUCAAGGCCAAAGAGAACAUACACUCUGCAUGGGUUCUAUGCGAAGCACUGGCUAGUGUAUCUGGAGUCAAGAAUAGCGGUUAGGGCGAUUAAUCCGCAGAUUUAUAUUGCGCUUACCAGAGAAAACGGAUGGGCGAGGUUUGAGGAGGUAUCAGGAGAAGACCGAGUCGUUGAUAUUUUGAUCAAGUUAGACUGUUGCAGGUAUGCGUACGAGACGAACUAUGGGAUAGACUUAGACUGGAUGAAUGUAAUUGAACAGAGUUGACAUCAUUGUGCUACACUAAUCUAAUUCUUUCUCUUAGAAUGACCUG